CGAAAGUGGAUGUGGUCAUGUAGUUCCAGGCGGCGUAAAAUGGAUGUACGUGACGCUAGUGUACGACCUAGAAAAAGCGUUACACGAAAAACGGCAGCGUGGCGACUCUCAUUCUUCUCUCUGCCGUGAUUGAUUCGGAAUAAUCACUUCUUUGAUAUGGCUCAUCUGUCACAAUUGCCCUUUCUCGCGUUACAAAACAUCCGGCAGGCCGUAGUAUUAGGCGAUAUUAAUAAUUUAGCAAAAAUAUGCGUCAGGUACGCUUCGAAGAAAGCUGGUAGUAGUACCAGUAAUAAACCUGGUCAUGCUAGACCAAAACAUAGAGGAUGGAAAAGACCGGAUGGAUCUUAUGUACAAGCAGGUACGAUAUUAGCCACGCAGCUAAAACCCAGGUUUCAUCCAGGUCUUAAUGUUGGUUUUGGGCGAAAUGGAACUUUAUUUGCCAUAGAAGCAGGCAAAGUAAUGGUAACUUGUGAGAAAAUUAAUCCUUAUUGGAAUCAUACUUGGGUUAAACGAUGUUAUGCUGGCCGUGAAGGCCAAGUUAUAUAUAAGAAACACUUUAAUGUUAUUCCUCAUCCACAACAUAAUCGAUUUCUAUUGAUUGACAGAAUAUAAAUAUGCAUAUUAUGUAGAGAAAAUGUGUAUAGAAGUUUUUUAAUUGUUUUAAAAUUCAUUAGUACAUAUAUUAUUAAAUUUUCAGAUAUUGCUUGAGACUAUUCUUAUAAUGAUUCAUCAGUGUAUAAUAAAAAGAAAAGUUUCUA